AUGAGAGCCAAGUCUCCAAAGAUGGGAGCAAAGUCUCCUAUGAGAUCGAGAUCUCCACGGAGAUCCAAAUCUCCAAUGAGAUCUUCAGUGAGACUUCGGAAUUUAAUGUCUCAGCUCAAAUCUUCAAGGAGAUCAAGAUAUCCAAUGGGAUCCAAAUCUCCAAAGAGAAGAGUCAUGACUCCAAAGACUAGAGCAAAGUCUCCAAGGAGAUCCAGGUCUACAAGGAGAAGAGUCAUGACUCAAAAGACAAGAGCAAAGUCUCCAAGGAGAUCCAGAUCUCCAAUGAGAUUCAAAUCACCAAUGAGAUCAAGUACUCCAAGGAGAUCAAAAUCUCCAAAGAGGAGAUCAAAAUCUCCAAUGAGAUCCAGAUCUCCACGGAGAUCCAGGUCUCCAAGGACUCUUUUCUCUCCGAAGGGAAGAGUCAUGACUCCAAAGACUAGAGCAAAGUCUCCAAGGAGAUCCAAAUCACCAAUUAGAUCCAGAUCUCAAAUGAGAUCCAGGUCUCCAAGGAGAUCCAGUUCUCCGAGGAGAAGAGUCGUGACUCCAAAGACAAGAGCAAAGUCUCCAUUGAGAUCCAGAUCUCCAAGGAGAUCCAGGUCUCCAAAGAUGAGAGUCAAGUCUCCAACGAGGACAGUAAAGCUUCAGGGGGAGUAUUCUGGCUACAUAGUGUCCAACAUGAUACUGGAGGCUGUUUCCGCUUCCAAAGAGCGCCACGGCAUGUCCCUGCCUGCCUUGAAGAAGGCUCUGCAGGCUGGAGGAUACGAUGUUGCGAGGAACAACGCCAGGGUCCUCCGCACCAUCAGACGCCUAGUGGCCAGCAAAGCUUUGGUUCAGAAAAAGGGCCCCUCAGGCUCCUUGAAGGUGAACAAAAAGGCUCCUGCACCUUGA